AUGCCAUCGUCAUCCUCGUCAUCCUCUUCUUCUUCGUCGUCAUCGUUUAUUAUUUCUGUCGGCAUGGAGUCUGAAAGCCGCCCCAUUUCAACGAUUGAGUAUUUCUUUUUGUUUAUCCGUGUAGAUGACUUGUUGGAGCAGACUCAACAGUUUAAGAAAAGCGCCGAUGACACGGAGGUGUACAUUAGGAAAAAGGCAUACUCGUCCAUGUUCACUACGUCACUUUGGGUGGUCUUUGUGGUGAUGUUUGUGUUCGGUAUGAAGAUCUUUUGUGACUGA